AAAAAAAAAUAAAUGCACUUGCAAAUCCACCAAAAAUCACAGAACUCCCUUAUUUUCCUAGGACAUAGUUAAAGCGAAUCUGUACAUCUGGCAUACCAUCUUGCUAUUCUUGGGCCAAAGAACUAGCACUUCAAUUCAGGCUGUACUCAUAAAGGGCCUCGCUUGACACAUCACUACUGCAAGGAAACACUGUUUUCAUAUUUGGCUGCUCCAUGAAUACCUGCCAAUGAGGUCUUGCAUAGACACAGACUCUGCUAAAUUAUGGUUGAAUUAGAUGAUCCUAGUGGUGCUUUCCAACCUUAAGGAUUUUAUGAUUCUGUGCUCUAUGCAAGAUCCAGACUGUUGCAAAAGUUUCGUUUGCAGCAGUCUCUUCUUUCCGGCAGGGCUUUGCUUUUGUGGCAAGUGUCUGCAGCUCGGUUGUGCAGCAUGCUAGAUCCUGAGGGCAGUGUGGAGCACAAGCCUUCCUCUUCCUUCCCUAAAGUUUUUCUCAUUCCUCUAGCCAUGCUCCUUGCAAUUACAGCACUCCUGCUCUUAGCAUUUUCCGCCACUCAGCAGAAAGAGACUGAUUUUUACACUUUUAAAGUUGUAAAUAUCAGGGGCAAACUAGUAUCUCUGGAGAAAUACAGGGGCUCGGUGUCAUUAGUUGUCAACGUUGCAAGCGAAUGUGGGUUUACAGAUAGUCACUACAAGGCCUUGCAACAGUUACAGAAAGACCUUGGCCCAUAUCAUUUCAAUGUGCUGGCAUUCCCAUGCAAUCAGUUUGGGCAACAAGAACCAGACACCAACAAAGAAAUAGAGAGUUUUGCACGAAAGACUUACGGUGCCUCCUUUCCUAUGUUCAGCAAAGUUGCAGUCAGUGGAGCUGGUGCAAUUCCUGCCUUCAAGUACUUAAUUGAUUCUACAGGAGAAGAACCAACCUGGAACUUCUGGAAAUACUUGGUAGACCCCAAUGGAAAAGUAGUAAAGGCCUGGGACUCUACUGUCUCUGUUGAAGAAAUAAGACCUCAUGUUACAGAACUUGUGAGGAAAAUCAUCCUGAAGAAAAAAGAUGAAUUAUGACUUUCAAAAAUUGUAGCAGGUCGACUACAUCUUUAUUGAGAAUUAGGAAUGGGCUCUGUCUUCUCACAUUCCAAAAGAGAGAAUAUGCAGAAGGGAAAACAUGACCAGUGGAAUUGAUAUUCACCACCUUCAGAAUGCAGAAAACAGAUAAAUUUAAGUUUUAAUUACUUUUUAAUUUAAUUUUUGCUACCCCGAAAUAUAUUCUAUUUGGCCCUUCCAAGAAAGAAGGUUGCAUCAGCAACUUUUCAAUUCCCAAUUCAAAUUACUGUUGGUUUGUAGCACUACAGAAAGCCAGUUAAUGUACCUCUAGCAAAGAGGCUCAGAGUAACAAGAAUUUCCCAGUUGGGAUAUUUCUGACAUGUAAAAUUCUGUUGUCAUAUUUUGAUUACAAUCUAAAUGAAAAAGAAUAAAAACUGUGUGAUUGAUUUUAAGGCAUGUACUAGGAAGAGGGCAAAAACAUAUGUCCAGUCGAAACCAACUUCAUUGUAUGUUUUUCUAGUUAUGAAGGUCAAACAUUUAAUUUCAUCUACCUGGAAAGUCAGUUGUUAAGGGCCUGAGGAAAAACAUAUCCAUAAAACUUAAACAGAAUACGAAGUCUCUGUAAGAACUCUGAAAGCUAUAAUCUCUCUCCAUUUUUUCAUCCAAUAAGGAUUAUCAAAUAACAAAUAGGCUCUCAUCCUUCAGAUGUUCUGAUGGCUAUCUGGAAUGACUGUUGCUUUCUUUUAGCAGCAGUGGGGCUUAGAAGACUUACUCUCACCUCCUAGAAUUGAUUCUAAGUUUAUUUUUCAAUUUAUAACACCAUCUGAUUUUGCUGCAUGUACAAACAUUAGAGAAUUAAUGUUUUCCUAUGGAGCACAUUUUUUCAAACAUUUGACUGUUGCAUAAUGCUACAUUAUUUAAU